AUGAUUUACCUCCAAAAUUUAUUUCAAAUAUUGAUUUUUGCAUUUAAACUCGAUGAAUCAAUAUUAAAUAAAGAUGAAGCUCAAACAUUAUACAAUCAAAUGCGUCAAUUAACUAAACAUUAUCGUACUCAAGCGAUGUCGUUGUUUUUCGAAAGAAGAAAAUAUAAUGAAAUAAUUGAUGCGGAAGAUGAUUCAGGUUAUCUUGAAUUUAAACAUUAUAAUGAAUUACAUGAAAAACGAUAUAAUUUAGAAACUGAACAAUCUCUUUAUUUUUUAGAGGCAGAGCGAGCCAAGGGCGAAUUCAACGAAAAAGAAGAAGGAAUAACCUAUGUGUAA